CACUCAAAGGAAAUUCCACGCCAACCAAGUUCAUAUUAUUCAUUAUAGCUUGUAUCUUGAUACAUUUUUCAUAUUAUAUUUAAAUUUGAGGUUGUGCCAAUUGAAAAUGCUCGGCCCCUCCGUGUCUCUUGCUACGGUUUUGCUUGCCCUGAGCGGCAGCUUUGCGAACGCCCAUGGCUCUCACUCGAGUGAGCAGAACCCUUCGUCGGACUGGGCUACUCGUCAUAUGCAAGAGGAACAUCAUAUUGAAUCCUUUGAUCCUGCAUCCUUCUUUACCUUCCACGACUAUGAUAGCUCUGGGGUUUGGACAGCCGAUGAGGUACGGAAAACAUAUGGCCUUGAUGAUGAGUCAAAUGCAGGUGUGAGUGAAGAGCGCAAGCAACAAGCUGUUCGGGAGGUAUUCGGGCUUUUUGACCCUGGGAACACUGGCUUCGUUACUCGCGAAAACUGGAUGCGGCUCAUUUCGGAGGGCAAACGUCUGCCUGAUUUUGGUUUUGGACCCGGCCACCACGGUGACAUCGAGUAUGAAUAUGAGAUUCAUCACUUUGAGAAGUAUCAUGGUGAUGAUGCCAAGGAAGAAGAUCUCACUCACCCUGAGGAUAUCGAGCAUUUCCGGAGGCAUGACGAGGAAGAUGACGCUGCUGCUCGACUUGAACAGCUCGAGAGGAUGCAAAUCGUGGAACAGAAUAUACCGCAGAAGUUCCUUAAACGAGUUUAGAGCGUGUAUAUGUGUAUACCUUCCUGCCAUUCUGUAUAUAUAAUGUUCGAGAUGUCUACGUGCUACAUGCGGCUGCAGUCAUUUUAGAAUAGCCGUUUUUUACGUUCUCGAUAUCCAUCAUCUCUACAGAGUAAUGUAGGUGAUUUGCUUUUAGACAUUCCCUUUCACACCUAUAGAAUUACCGCAAGUAUAGAUUCAGUUCGGACAGUGCAUAACCUGCCGGGCUUGACGAUCCGCCGAGCCCCUUAUGAAAGGCGUCAUGAUUCAUAUUAAACUGUACCAUGGACAUGUAACAUGUAGUAUUUUGAAAGUGCAAUUGGUCUAGGAAUUUAUUC